AUGGCAUCGCACGAUCUCGAGUCAAAGGUCUACAAGGAGAUCUACCUCCUCGCAUCCUCGGGCACCAGAGCCCAGAGCAGCGCUGCCCAGCUUCUCGACAAGCUGAAGCUGACCCCCGCCGGCGCCACCACCAGCCUCGCCGAGAUUCUCGUGAGCCUGAGAGACAUGUUCGGCUGGACCUGCCUUCACUACGCCGCUGUCCGCGGAAACGAGGAAAUGAUCAGCGAGCUCUGCGGCGAGGUGAAGAAGGCGCUCGAGGACGUGACCCUGAACAGCUGGGUCAACGCGAUGGACACGUCCUCGCUGGGCGACACGGCGCUGCACAUCGCAGCGCGCGAGAUGCACGUCGGCCAGCCCGCCAAGCAGAACCGCGAGGGCCAGACGGCCGAGGAGAUCGUGCAGGCCGUGGUUCGCAAGGGCCAGCAGAUCCUCCAGGCCAUGGCCAGCCCGCCCGAGCCAGUCCAUGAGGGGCCGAGCCGCGCCGUUUAA